AUGUCGCAACGACGGAACGGCGGAGAGCCGCAGCCCAAGGACGGGAUGCCGCCAGCAAAGGGUGAGGCGCAGGACAAACAGGCGAGGCUCUUGUCCCAGGAAGCUGGACAUUUCUCUCUCGUGAGGGCCCUGCAUCUGGCUGAUUUCAUUACUGAGCUCAAUGGCUUCUGCGGCGUCAUGUCCAUCUUUUCCUCUCUCCGCUACUGCACGCAGUCGGACCCCUUCAACUACACCAACUUGUACUUCGCCCUCGGCUUCAUCCCCCUCGGACUCUUCUUCGACUUCAUGGACGGCAAAGUCGCUCGCUGGCGCAAGAAGGCAUCGCUCAUGGGCCAGGAACUUGAUUCCUUGGCUGACCUCGUCUCAUUUGGCGUUAGCCCCGCCGCCGCUGCCUUCUGUCUCGGUCUGCGAACACCUGUCGACCAUCUACUCCUGAGCUUUUUCGUGCUCUGCGGUCUUACACGUUUGGCGAGAUUCAAUGUCACGGUUGCUAUGGUGCCAAAGGAUGCGACAGGCAAGAGCAAGUACUUUGAGGGCACCCCCAUCCCCAUGUCUCUGGGCAUUGUCCAAGUCAUGGCGUACUGGGUGUACAAGGGCUGGACGUUGGAACAGGUUCCCAUGGGCCUUUGGCUCGAGGGCACGGCAUUUGAGUUCCACCCUGUUGUAGCCAUGUUCAUACUUCACGGAUGUUUGAUGGUCAGCAAGAGUGUCAAGAUUCCCAAGCCCUAG